CUUCAGUCACAGGAUUGUGCAAUGAUCUUCUGUCCGACGCCUACGAGUGUCCAGACCAGACUUUGAUCCUGAAGCUAAAACAUCAUGGAGUUCAAGCUGAACAGAAUGAAGCUCUGCCACAUGAUCCUGACGCUGCUCGCCGUCCCAGAGUGCUUUGGGCUUCAGUCAGUGUUCCUCAGUAAGUCUGAGGCCAGCCGGCCGUUAUCUCAUCGUGUCAGGCGGGCCAACUACUUCCUGGAGGAGCUGAAGCUGGGAGAUCUGGAGCGAGAGUGUCUGGAGGAGAUCUGCUCGUAUGAGGAGGCCAGAGAGAUCUUCACCAUCCCCAAACAACUGGAGGAAUUCUGGAAGAGAUACACAGCGGUGGAUUUCUGUCAGUCGGGACCGUGUCAGAACGGAGCCACAUGUGUGGAUCAGAUGGACACCUACAUCUGCAUCUGUCCAGUGAACUUCGAGGGGCGACACUGUGACAAAGAAAUAUUACCACACAGUUCCUACGGAUGUCUGUACAGGAACGGCAACUGCGAACACUUCUGUGUGGAGAUCACCAAUUCGACUCAUCGCUGUGAUUGUGCUCCCGGAUACACACUGCACACAGACAACAGCAGCUGUGUGCCGCAGGGUGGUUUCCCGUGUGGCAGGCUGGUGGAGAAGGGUGUGGGUCCGAGGAUAGUGAAGGGCGACGUGUGUCCUAAAGGACAGUGUCCGUGGCAGGCUUUACUCAAGUAUGCUGGAGUGUAUAAAUGCGGUGGUGUUAUUCUAAAUUUCCAAUGGAUUCUCACCGCGGCUCAUUGUGUCUGGAAUAAAGAUCCAUCCCUCUUACAAGUGACAGUCGGUGAACACAUCCUCGAUAAAGACGAAGGAACAGAGCAGAUGAGGGAAGUGUCUAAAGUGUUCAUCCACCCGCGGUACAACCACUCCAGCACGGACAGUGACAUCGCACUGCUGCGUCUCCUCAGCCCCGUCACGCUCGACCGCUUCGCCAUUCCCGCCUGCCUUCCUCCUGCUAACGGCACGUUCGGACGCACCAUAGGAGCCAUCCGCAUGUCCACCGUCAGCGGGUGGGGUCGCAUGGCGCAGUCGGGACCGCCGUCUCUGGUUCUCCAGAAGCUGGAGGUGCCGAGGGUCUCCUUAGAGGAGUGUCGGGAGAACUCGGGUCUGAAGGUGACCAGGAACAUGCUGUGCGCCGGCUUCAUCGAGGGCGGCCGUGACUCCUGUCAGGGGGACAGCGGAGGGCCGCUGGUCACCCGCUACAGAAACACAUGGUUUCUGACAGGAAUCGUGAGCUGGGGGAAAGGCUGCGCACGCGCCAACGUCUACGGCAUCUACACGCGGGUGUCCGUCUUUGUGGAGUGGAUUCUGAAGACUAUGGCCAGCGUAUGAAUACAAGAGUUUCUGAAUGUUAUGUAAGGUGAAGUGUGUUCAGAUUUUCACAGUCACUGAAGUCAGUCAUGAGCUAUGUUUCCAUUGACCAGUUUUUAUGUGAAUUUUGGGAUAUUGCAUGUAAAAUUGUUGGAUGGAAACGCCAAGAUGCACAUGAAUUCUAAAAAAAGUACGAGCUCAAUUGAGGCAGAUCAUUUUUUUAAUCCGAUAAGAAGACAUGCACAUAAAUUACGAUAGUUUUAUAGAAUAAAUCCCUCAAUGCACAACAAAAAUUCAUGGUGCAAAAUAUAAAACUCUAAACUGGCUUUUUUUCCCGCAUCAUAAAUGAGUUUGUCUCAGAGCGUCAGACGAAACACAAUAAACACUGUCAUGUUCUCUUUCGUUCGGAAGUGGAUGCCUGGUGAUGCGUAAAAAUUCUAAAAAUGUGCAUAAAAAAUACACCCAAUUAAGGCAGAUAAUUUUUUAUCCAAUAAGAAGACGUGCAUAAACUACGUUGGAAACACAUUUACUGAAUAAUCCUUUGAUGCACAACAAAACGCUCGUGUGAAUCUGUGAUUGGAUAACUGGACUAACCAGCGGACCAAUCGCAUCGCAGCAUCUCAAAUGUUGGUUUGGUGGUUCUGAAACGUCUGAGUCAAAGUCUGUCAUCAGAAUGAUUUGGUUUAAUUCCCUCCAGAAGCGUCUCACACGAUUGUGUUCCCGAACACCAGCAUCCGAACGCAAGAUCACAUGACAGCGUUUAUUGUGUUUCGUCUGACGCUCUGAGACAAACUCAUUUAUGAUGGAGGAGAAAGAGCCACUUCAAUUUUUAUUACUGAUAUUUUGUGCCAGUUUCCCAGAAAGUGAUAAUUUUGUUCUCUUGUAUGGAUGGAAACGCUGCUUUAUUUGGAAAUGUUUUAUGUGAUAUUCCAAUUUUGUGCUCAAGUUAAAUUUGCAACCUCCCGAAGAGUGACGCUUCCACAACACUGAACACUGGCAAACACCAGAACAUGUACUUUUGCAAUUAAAAAAAAUGGCACACUUGUGAGUAUAUAUAAUAAUCAAUGGCAGAACAUGGUUAUAUAUGAAAAAUAAAUAAUUUUUUCAAAUGUU